AUGAACAACCUCUCCUUCUCCCAGUCUAUGUGGACUAUCUCUGAAUUAUUUUUUCUAUUUGUGGGGUCUCUGUUGAUAAUCAACUAUUUGAGAGUCCUAUGGAAUUCCAGAAGUCUCCCUCCUGGGCCAUUUCCAUUGCCUUUUGUAGGAAACUUGUGGAGACUGAAAUUUCAGCUUCAUCCAGCAACACUAACACAACUCUCUAAGCUCUAUGGGAAGAUCUAUACUGUGUGGCUUGGCGAUUCUCCCCUUGUGGUCCUGAAUGGCUGGAGAGCAGUGAAAGAUGGUAUUGUCUCUCAUUCUGAGGAGCUGUCUGGACGCCCUGUAGCCAGCUAUCUAAAGGAUCUUCUAGGUGGAGGAGGCAUUUUGAUGUCCAAUGGACAUGUGUGGAAACAACAGAGACGCUUUGGACUGAUGACUCUGAGAAAUUUGGGACUUGGGAAGCGUGGACUAGAGUCACGGAUACAAGAUGAAGCUCAGUACAUAGUAGAGUCUUUUAGGGCCUACAAAGGAGCCCCAUUUGAUCCCUUUAAUAUUAUUACUGCUACUGUUGCAAAUGUAAUAGCUGCUGUGGUUUUUGGACAUCGUUUCUCUAUUGAUGAUGCAACAUAUCAAGAACUGAUCAAAAGCAAUCAUGGUCUUUUGGAAGGUGGAGCCUCGCCUUGGGCAAAGAUGUAUGAUAUUCUUCCUUGGCUAAUGAAACAUGUGCCAGGUCCACAUCAGACUGCUUUUACAAAAAUUAAAUUUCUGAGACAGUUCACGAAGAAAGAGAUUCGGACCCAUAAGGAGAAUGGAUUGCUGGAGGAGCCUCAAGAUGUCAUUGACUAUUAUCUGGACCAGAUUGAAAAAAGAAAAACAGAGGUAGACUCUACAUUUGAUGAGAAAAAUCUGAUUUCAAUGGUCAUAGAUCUUUUUCUUGCUGGAACAGAAACUACAACCACCACCCUGCAAUGGGCUCUGCUUUACAUGGUGGCUUAUCCUCAUAUACAACAGAACAUACAUGAAGAACUUGAUGCUGUUCUUGAUGGAUCCAAAGUAGUUUGCUAUGAAGACCGCAAGAGGCUUCCAUACACCAACGCUGUAAUCCAUGAGGUCCAGCGGUUUGCCAACAUUGCAGCAGUAGGCAUUCCACGGACAUGUGUUAAAGAAGUUAAGGUCUAUGCAUUCUCUCUAAAGAAGGAUACAAUGGUGCUGGCCAAUUUGGACUCUGUGCUUUUUGAUCCCCAGUGCUGGAAGACACCUGAUCAAUUCAACCCAAAUAAUUUCUUGGAUGAAAAAGGGGACUUUUUAAUUAAUGAAGCUUUUUUACCUUUCUCUGGAGGUGCCCGGGUAUGUCUUGGAGAGCAGCUUGCCCGCUAUGAGCUAUUUAUCUUCUUCACCACUCUCAUGAGAUCAUACCAAUUUCAUCUCCCAGAAGGCGUAACGGAGGCCAACACAAAAUAUAUCUACAAUCUCACCCUGCAGCCUCACCCUUACCAAGUCUGUGCUAUUCCUCGUUAG